CGUGUUACAUGCUCAUACCAGUCCCUUACAGAUAAAAGUUCAAGUUGCCCUUUAUGUGUCGAGCCAAUGGAAGCUGAUGAUUUAGCUUUUUAUCCUUGUGACUGCAGAUAUCAAGUUUGCCGGUUUUGCUGGGCCAAGAUCAUCAAUGAGGGAAAUGGACUUUGUCCUGGUUGCCGGAAGGUAAAUGGAAUUAACUCUAGAAAAGACCACUUGAAGAAAACGAAGCUCAAUUCGGAAAUGCUCAAAUUACUCCCAGAGCUGAGAGUGGUGCAACCCAACCUCAUUUUCGUCGUUGGAUUACCAGCCUGGAUCUGCAAAGAUAAAGAAGCUCUCAAAGGGCCAGAGUAUUUUGGGCGUUAUGGAAAGGUGUUCAAGGUGGAGAUAAACCAGAACCAAACGUUUGGAGGCCUUUCAGAAUGGAGUUUUGAGAUACGUUCUCCUAACUCAUGGUUCGUUAAGAAGUUCUCAAACUGUUACUUUCUAAUUCAGUUAUGUAAUUUUGGCAGUACUUGUAAGGAGACCGCUGGAUUCUUAUUACUAAUUUCGAUCCAAGUGUGGCGUAUUCGAUCUUUUCGAGGUUUCACAAUAUGUAAGUAUCAUUGUCAUCAUUGUCCCGCCAAAUAUAGCGAACUUCACUGA